GUUUCCGGCCGCUGUCGCUGUCCUGGGAGGCUGAGGCGAGAGGUAGCUGUCCGGGUGGGGAACCCGCACUACCUUCUUCCUCUUCCUCCUCCUCCGGGUGAGGGGAGCGAAGGUUGGGGUCCCCGAGCCCAUGGACCAGGAGGAGGCGGAGGCCGCCGAGAGCCGGGGCCUUGCUAUGUGGCCCUGAGCCCCGUGUACUGGUUCCGCCUGUCUGGAAGGCCAUGGAGAAGAGGCUGGGAGUCAUGCCAAGUCCUGCUUCCUGGAUUUUAUCAAGAUAUUGUGGGCAGACAUCUGUGAAGUGGUUGAGAAGCCUGUACCUGUUUUAUACUUGCUUUUGCUUCAGUGCUCUGUGGUUGUCAACAGAUGCCAGUGAGAGCAGGUGCCGGCAGGGGAAGACACAAUUUGGAGUUGGCCUGAGAUCUGGUGGAGAAACUCACCUCCGGCUUCUUGAAGGAACCCCCUCCCUCCAGUCAUGUUGGACUGCCUGCUGCUGGGACUCUGCUUGCCAUGCCUUUUGGUGGCUAGAAGGGAUGUGCAUUCAAGCAGAUUGUAGCAGGGCCCAGAGCUGCCAAGCUUUUAGGACAGACUCUUCCAAUUCUGUGCUGGUGUUUUUUAAAAAGUUCCAAACUGCAGAUAUUUUGGGCUUUCCACCUGAAGAUGAUAUACCACAUCUUCUGGGGCUAGGUUGGAGCAGGGCAUCUUGGAGGACGCAGAGCCCACCCAGAGCUCCAUUCAGACCUGCUGUAUCCUCCAGUGACCAGGAGAGCUUAAUCAGGAAACUUCAGAAGAGAGAUAGUUUCACUGAAAAAGUAGUUACACCUGUAGUGACACAGCAUUCUAAAGUGAAUGGCUCCAAGGAACUGGGUAAUCUGAGUACCAGUGGCUCUGCAGAGGCUUUUAUAAAAGAACUGGUGGUAUCUGCUGGAGAGAGUGUACAGAUAACCCUGCCUAAGAAUGCAGUUCAAUUAAACGCAUAUGUUCUCCAAGAACCACUGGAAGGAGAAACCUACACCUACGACUGGCAGCUGAUUACUCAUCCUAAAGACUACAGUGGAGAAAUGGAAGGGAAAUAUUCCCAGAUCCUCAAACUAUCCAAGCUCACUCCAGGACUGUAUGAAUUCAAAGUGAUUGUAGAGGGUCACAAUGCCCAUGGGGAAGGCUAUGUGAAUGUGACAGUCAAGCCAGAACCCCGUAAGAAUCGGCCUCCUGUUGCUAUUGCGUCACCUCAGUUCCAGGAGAUCUCUCUGCCAACUACUUCUACAGUCAUUGAUGGCAGCCAAAGCACUGAUGAUGAUAAGAUCGUCCAGUACCAUUGGGAAGAACUUAAGGGGCCUCUGAGAGAAGAGAAGAUUUCUGAAGAUACAGCCAUAUUAAAACUAAGUAAGCUCGUCCCUGGGAACUACACUUUCAGCUUGACUGUAGUAGAUUCUGAUGGAGCUACCAACUCUACUACUGCAAGCCUGACCGUGAACAAAGCUGUGGAUUACCCUCCUGUUGCCAACGCAGGCCCCAACCAAGUGAUCACCCUGCCCCAAAACUCCAUCACCCUCUUUGGAAACCAGAGCACUGAUGAUCACGGCAUCACCAGCUAUGAGUGGUCACUGAGCCCAAACAGCAAAGGGAAGGUGGUGGAGAUGCAGGGUGUUAGAACACCAACCCUGCAGCUCUCUGCAAUGCAAGAAGGGGACUACACUUACGAACUCACAGUGACUGACACAAUAGGACAGCAGGCCACCGCUCAAGUGACUGUUAUUGUGCAGCCUGAAAACAACAAACCUCCUCAAGCAGAUGCAGGCCCGGAUAAAGAGCUGAUCCUUCCUGUGGACAGCACAACCCUGGAUGGCAGCAAAAGCUCAGAUGAUCAGAAAAUUAUCUCAUAUCUCUGGGAAAAAACGCAGGGACCUGACGGGGUGCAGCUCGAGAAUGCUAACAGCAGUGUUGCCACUGUGACCGGGCUUCAAGUGGGGACCUAUGUGUUCACCUUGACUGUCAAAGAUGAGAGGAACCUGCAAAGCCAGAGCUCUGUGAAUGUCAUUGUCAAAGAAGAAAUGAACAAACCACCUAUAGCCAAGAUAACUGGGAAUGUGGUGAUCACCUUGCCCACGAACACAGCAGAGCUGGAUGGUUCCAAGUCCUCCGAUGAUAAGGGAAUAGUCAGCUACCUCUGGACUCGGGACGAGGGGAGCCCAGCAGCAGGCGAAGUAUUAAAUCACUCUGACCAUCACCCUAUCCUCUUUCUUUCCGACCUGGUUGAGGGAACCUACACAUUUCACCUGAAAGUGACCGAUGCAAAGGGUGAGAGUGACACAGACCGGACCACUGUGGAGGUGAAACCUGAUCCCAGGAAAAACAACCUGGUGGAGAUCAUCUUGGAUGUCAACGUCAGUCAGCUAACUGAGAGGCUGAAGGGAAUGUUCAUCCGCCAGAUUGGGGUCCUCCUGGGGGUGCUGGAUUCCGACAUCAUUGUGCAAAAGAUUCAGCCGUACACGGAGCAGAGCACCAAGAUGGUAUUUUUUGUUCAAAACGAGCCUCCCCACCAGAUCUUCAAAGGCCAUGAGGUGGCAGCGAUGCUCAAGAGUGAGUUGCGGAAGCAGAAAGCAGACUUUCUUAUAUUCGGAGCCCUGGAAAUCAAUACCGUCACAUGUCAGUUGAACUGUUCUGACCAUGGCCACUGUGAUUCCUUCACCAAACGCUGUAUCUGUGACCCUUUUUGGAUGGAGAAUUUCAUCAAGGUGCAGCUGAGGGACGGAGACAGCAACUGUGAGUGGAGCGUGUUGUAUGUUAUCAUUGCUACCUUUGUCAUUGUUGUUGCCUUGGGAAUCCUGUCUUGGACCGUGAUCUGUUGUUGUAAGAGGCGAAAAGGAAAACCCAAGAGGAAAAGCAAAUACAAGAUCCUGGAUGCCACAGAUCAGGAAAGCCUGGAGCUGAAGCCAACCCUGCGAGCAGGCACCAAACAGAAAGGCCCAACGCUAAGCAGCAGCCUGAUGCACUCCGAGUCGGAGCUGGACAGUGACGACGCCAUCUUCACGUGGCCAGACCGAGAGAAGGGCAGACUCCUGCAUGGUCAGAACGGCUCUGUGCCCAACGGGCAGACCCCGCUCAAGGCCAGGAGCCCACGGGAGGAGAUCCUGUAGCCACCCUGUCUGCCUCUUCGGGGCAGGGCCCAGCGCGCUGCCGAACUGGUCCUCCUACCUCCCGAGUCUGUGGGCAGCUGCUCUCCCAGCAUCUGCCGGUCACUCCGCCCCAACACCCCCAGCCAGACUGCUGAGACUUGAAUCAGAGACAUUCUCCAGGAACCCCUGAAUGAAGCUGUGAAUGAAGAGGUCUCCUCUUUACACCUGUCUAGGGGGCCCCCAAGUAUCCUGACCUCAGGGCCUCCAUUUUUGCAAACCCCUCCCCUGCCCCAGGACAGACGCAGCCAGCUCGCGGCCUCCUCUGCAGCUCCCCCGUUGGCAGCGUUGCUGUGCCCAGAGCGGGGACUGCUAUACCACCCCCCACAAACACAUUUGGGCACAGAACCAAGCACCGCCAGCCUCCUGGCUCCAGAGAGCCUGACUGCGGGCAUGUUCUCUUCUCCGGGGGAGAGUGCACCCUCCCACUGGGCCAGUAGGAAGUAGCGUCCCCUCCCUGCACCACCGAUGCUGGGACGGUAGUGCAGAAAUGAUGUCUGGACCCCCUUAGCACUGGACCCCCCACCUUCUCCUGUCUGGCCCGAGAUUGGGGAGGAUUAGCUGGUUCAGGGAUGGCAAGGGACCUCUCCGGCUGCGGGGUGUAGGCUGCCUCCCUGCCUCUUCCUCUGACCAGCACUUGCUGCUUCAGGGCUCGGGCCACCACUCCUGUCCCCAAAAGAGACAGCCACCGAUGGAUUGGAAUGCUGUGGCAUGAGAGCGCAUGUGUGCGACCGCCCUGCUGUGGGCCCCUCCGUCCCUUGCAUGUGUGCGUGUUAGAGUGAGCGCUGCGCGCCAGCUCCUCGAAGGGCUCUCGGCUGCUCACAAGGCAGCCUGGACUCGGAAAGACUUUCAGCUCCUUGGAAUGGAGACUUCCUGGGUCCCUCUGGCCCUGCUCCUCAGCCGCAGCAUCUGGGUGUAGAGGAAUGGGAGCUUUGGGGGAGUUACUUUUUAAAAAGACACUACAAAUUUCUACUACUGCACUAC